AUGGAAUUUCCGAAAGCCGGUUUUUCCUUACGGUAUAUCGCUGCCCAAGGCCCAUUACCCAGUACCUAUGGGGAUUUUUGGCAAAUGUGCUGGGAACAGAAUGUGACCGUGGUUGUUAUGCUCACCGCAAUCAGUGAACGUGGCCGAGUAAAAUGUCAUCAAUAUUGGCCGAAUAUGGGUCAGACUUUGAAUUUCAGCGCGUCACACACCAGUCCGAUCCCGUUCAAACCAAACACACAACGUCCUGUCUUGGAAUUGCAGUUGCAAACAGUCCGUGAAGAGGUCAGUACUGACUUCGCAUUUCGUGAAUUCCUCAUCACUCCAGUUGCCCAAUCGAAACGUUUGUCCACCUCAGCAGAGCCGAGCACUCGUCGCGUUGUCCAACUCCAGUUCAUCAGUUGGCCGGAUCACGGUGUGCCUGGGAAUACGAGUGAUUUGAUCACAUUUGUUGAUCGUGUGCGUGAUGCGCGGGGAUCGAAUUCACGUGCGCCCAUUGUGGUCCACUGUUCUGCGGGGAUCGGACGUACCGGAGUGUUGAUCACUAUGGAGACCGCGCUGAAUCUGAUGGAACGCGAUCAACCUGUGCGACCACUCGAGUUGGUUCAGUUGAUGCGUGCGCAACGCGCCUUACUCAUCCAGACCACGGUCCUCACCACAAAAAUAUUUCACCGGGAUGAGACGCAAACCGAUGUCGAUAGUUUUCCCACAGGCACUGAAGAUAUGACCUCGGUUGGCCAUGAAUAUAUUUCAUCGCAAAUUAUCUACAGUUUGACAAGCGAGUAG